AAUGUGCUGCAGCAAUUCUUUCUAGAAUUUUGUACCAGUGUCUUGCUAGCUCGGGGCUAGCCAGGGAGCUUUAUCUGAAUUUGUCUUGGUCAGAUACAGCAAGCCGCUGCACUGAACACAAAUACAUAUAUCUGAGAAGUGUAGUACUUGGGUGUAUUGGCUCCUUUGAUUCAAACUUCUAGUUAGCGUCUUUUAGCCACUAACUUAGCCGAGUCAUAUUCUAAGCUAACGCUGUUAGCGUUAGGUUCUUGUUGGGAGAAUGUCCGGGAUAGACUACAGCGUGUGGGACCACAUUGAGGUGUCAGACGAUGAAGAUGACACCCACCCAAACAUCGACACACCCAGCCUCUUCAGAUGGAGACACCAGGCACGUGUGGAGCGAAUGGAAGACUUUCAGAAAAAAGGUGAAGACAUGAACAAGUCGCUCUGUGAAUGCCGGCGUAAACUGGCAGAAGCACAGAAGAAAAUACAAGACCUGACCAUUACAGCAUCGGAUGAUGCCAAAGCAGAACUGGGUAAAGUCCAGGCUGAGGAAAAGAAACUAAAAAAAGAGGAACGGGAGUGGGAGAAGAAGGUGGAUGACCACAACCGAGAAGAGAAGAAGAUGCCAUGGAACGUGGACACACUCAGCAAGGAUGGCUUUAGCAAGAGUAUUGUUAAUGUCAAACCUGAAUCUGCAGAGGAGACUGAAGAGGAGAAGGAGAAAAAGCAUAAAACAUUCGUGGAUAAGUAUGAGAAGCAGAUCAAACAUUUCGGCAUGUUGCGACGUUGGGAUGACAGCCAGAAGUACCUCUCUGACAAUCCUCAUCUAGUAUGUGAAGAGACUGCUAACUACUUGGUCAUCAUGUGCAUUGACCUUGAAGUUGAGGAGAAACAUGCAUUAAUGGAGCAAGUGGCUCAUCAGACCAUCGUCAUGCAGUUCAUUCUAGAGCUGGCCAAAAGCCUCAAAGUAGACCCUCGCGGCUGCUUCCGUCAGUUUUUUGCCAAGAUUAAGACGGCAGAUCAGCAAUACCAAGAAGCUUUCAAUGAUGAGCUGGAGUCAUUCAAGGAGCGGGUUCGGGGCAGGGCGAAGAUCCGCAUAGAAAAGGCCAUGAAGGAAUUUGAGGAAGAGGAGCGACAAAAGCGCCUGGGACCUGGAGGUCUAGAUCCUGUUGAUGUGUAUGAGUCCCUGCCAGUCGAGAUGCAGAAAUGCUUUGAUGAGAAGGACAUCCAAAUGUUACAAGAGGUUAUUAGCAAAAUGGACCCAACGGAGGCAAAGGCUCACAUGAAGAGGUGCAUAGACUCUGGGCUCUGGGUCCCCAACUCCAAGGCAGAAGGGGACGAAAAAGAGGAAGAAGCUACCUAUGAAGAGGUGAAACAGGAGCAAGAAGAAACUAAGAAGGAAUGACCAAAAUUGACCCCAUGAUUUGACGUUUUUGCAAAUGUACUUACCCACUGUAUUGCAACUCCAUUAUGUGUAUGAUUAGUUGCCAAUCAAUGAAAUAACUUCUCUAAAAUAUUUAGCUGAGAUUUAAGGGAUUAGCAUUCACCUGACUACACAAGAAUGUUGCACCAGAAACUCCUGCUUGGAAAAGAAACUGCAGUUUGUGUCUUUUAUUGUCUUUUGUUUGUUUGAACAAAAUGAAAGCUGUGUUUUAUUUGUACACAACUGUCAGUUUGUGUGGGUAUGUAUGUGUACAUAUAUACAUAUGCCUGCCUGCAUAAUUUGUGGCGGUCUAUAGUUUUCAGGUUGAGUCUAUAAGUUUGUUUGUUUUUGCUUUUUUGUUGCUUUUUUUGUCAUUUUAGUUUUAGGAUUUUUCUUUUGUUUCGGGCUUCAUCAGUUGACGUAUUCAAAUGGUUAUUUCCCCAAAGUGACAUUUUCUACAAACUUGCUUACCUAAAGGUUGAAUUAUAUUCAGUUUCUUAAGACCAAGUUGUUGUGGUUAUGUGUCAAGGUGUGGGUGAUGUGCUUUUGGUGUGAGUCAUAUAAGAAGUACAAGAACAUGGUGAUGAGCUCUGUGGUGGUGUAAACUGCCUUUUUUGGUAGUUAAAAGUGGCAUUUACUCCACUUAGUGAUUGUGGUAAUUUGGUGACUAUGCUAUGACAUUCAGUUUAUUACAGUUUGCAUUACAAGACAAAGACCAGUAGUAUUAUUAUUAGGGUCCUCGAACCCCUUCUAGUUAUCAUUGUUAUUAUUUUUCUAAACGUUAAUUUCAGACCUGAUAAUUACACUGAUUCCAUUUACGUUGUAGCUUAAUGUGGCCGAACUAUUACCAUAUGAAUGAAAGUAAAGACUCCUAAGGUUGAGUCUUGUGGGGUCUUGGAAUGAUUGACCGAUUACAUUACCCCUGUUCAUUUCCACGUUGGUCAAAAUCCCAAUUAAGUCCCAAUUCAAUGAGAAAAAGGGCUGUGUAUGUCCUAAAUGCUCACAUGGGUCUGCAUUCGGUGAUGCGGCACUGUGCCUGAAAAUGAUAUUUAGGUAUGGCAGAAAUCUAUACUUUCACUUUCUAUGCUGUUAUGUUAAAGGUGGGAGUACCUUGGCUUUUGCAUGAUGGCAGAGCUGAAAAAAAUAAACAAUGAUGAAGUGAAA